AUGUUGAGUAACCAUAUUGAAAAUUCCAGAAGUUGUAUAGGAUUUUUGGAAUUCCAGCUUGCACCGAUUCCUGGGAGUUUGUUGUCUUACAAGAAGCGGAGAAUGGUCAAAAGAUAUGGAGACCAAUCAAGCAGCUUUGAGGAUCCUGAAAUGCUUGCAGGAGAGACCGUGUUUAGCGUAAGUGAGAUUGAAGCACUUUAUGAGCUUUUUAAGAAGAUAAGCAGUGCUGUGAUCGAUGACGGGCUGAUCAAUAAGGAAGAAUUUCAACUAGCAUUAUUCAAGACAAAUAAAAAAGAGAGUUUGUUUGCUGAUCGGGUGUUUGAUUUGUUCGACACAAAACACAAUGGAAUACUUGGUUUCGAGGAGUUUGCCCGUGCACUUUCUGUAUUCCAUCCAAAUGCUCCUAUUGAUGAUAAGAUUGAGUUUUCUUUUCAAUUGUAUGAUCUCAAGCAACAAGGUUUCAUAGAGAGGCAAGAGGUGAAGCAAAUGGUAGUUGCCACUCUUGCUGAAUCUGGUAUGAACCUGUCUGAUGACGUUAUUGAGAGCAUAAUUGAUAAGACUUUUGAAGAAGCUGAUACUAAGCAUGACGGGAAGAUCGAUAAAGAAGAAUGGAGAAGUUUAGUUUUGAGACAUCCAUCGCUAUUGAAGAAUAUGACCCUUCAAUAUCUCAAGGAUAUCACCACUACAUUCCCGAGCUUUGUUUUUCACUCAAGAGUUGAGGAUACCUAG